CACCCAAUCCCAUCGAGCCAAAGGCCUAACCCCACCUUCAUAUCAUUUCUCCCCAAACCCACAUUUUGACAUAAAAUCUCAAACAAUUUCUCGGCGACCAAAUACCCAAUCUCUCUCAAGUGUCGAACCCAAACCCUAACCCCCAAUCCCAAAUAUUGGCCACCCAAUCUCGGCGCUAUGUCGACCUCGGGGACGCCGCAGUUUCGGUACACGCAGACCCCGUCUAAGGUGCUCCACCUCCGGAACCUGCCAUGGGAGUGCGCCGAAGAGGAGCUCAUCGAGCUCUGCAAGCCGUUUGGCAAGAUCGUCAACACCAAGUGCAAUGUUGGAGCCAACCGCAACCAAGCUUUCGUCGAAUUUGCUGACCUAAACCAGGCCAUAAAUAUGGUUUCAUAUUAUGCUUCAUCCUCAGAGCCUGCACAGGUCCGUGGUAAGACUGUUUACAUUCAGUAUUCAAAUAGACACGAAAUCGUCAACAACAAAAGUCCUGGAGAUGUUCCCGGAAAUGUCUUGUUGGUCACCAUUGAGGGUGUUGAAGCUGGCGAUGUGAGCAUCGAUGUUAUUCACUUGUUUGGAAUUAUUAUCAUGUACGUCAUACUCCUUUCUAAGGUCACGCAUAUAUGCACAGGUGUUUUCUGCUUUUGGCUUUGUGCACAAGAUUGCUACGUUUGAAAAAGCAGCAGGCUUCCAGGCAUUGAUUCAGUUCAAUGAUGCUGAAACUGCAUCUUCAGCAAGGAAUGCCUUGGAUGGAAGAAGUAUACCCAGGUAUUUGCUUCCAGAGCAUGUUGGUUCGUGCCACUUACGUAUUUCAUAUUCCGCACACACUGAUUUGAACAUCAAGUUCCAGUCUCACCGAAGCAGGGACUAUACAAAUCCGUACCUUCCUGUAAAUCCUACUGCAAUAGAGGGAAUUAUGCAGCCUGCUGUAGGUCCUGAUGGAAAGAAGAAAGAACUUGAGAGUAAUGUGCUUCUUGCUUCAAUCGAAAAUAUGCAGUAUGCUGUCACUGUGGAUGUUCUUCACACGGUAUUUUCUGCAUUUGGCACUGUCCAGAAAAUUGCUAUAUUUGAGAAGAAUGGUCAAACACAGGCAUUGGUUCAAUACCCUGAUGUCAAUACCGCAGCAGUUGCAAGGGAAGCUUUAGAGGGACACUGCAUAUAUGAUGGUGGCUAUUGUAAGCUUCAUCUAUCAUACUCUCGUCAUACUGAUCUCAAUGUAAAGGCUUUUAGUGACAAAAGUAGAGAUUAUACAAUCCCAGAAGCUAGUUUGCUUGCGGCGCAGCAAGUUUCUGGUUACCCUGCUGCCCCAGCAGCUUGGCAGAAUCCCCAGGCUGCUCCGAUGUACCAUGGGAAUGAGUUCAGUGGUGCAGCUUCUAUGCAGGCCCAAGGGCCUCCAGGGCAAGGGCCAUCAUGGGAUCCAGCCAUGCAGGCGGGCAGAUCAACAUUUGUUUCAGUUCCGAGCACAUUUCCUGGUCAAACAUUUCAUGCGUCCUCAGGUCCAGUAUAUUCCUCUGCAGCAAUGCCGCCGGGUUCUUCACCUCUCCAAACAGGCCCAACUACUUCCUCCAGUAUGGCUUCUAGGGGAAUAUCUCAGCCAGGUGGUCCGCCCAACUUGCGACCUGGGGGUGGUGCUUCACCUCCAGGAGUUGGACCUCCUGGUGCCUCACCAUCCUACUAUGGCCAAUAAGAUGCCUUUUCCUUUCUUUUCUUUAAACGAAUGCUGGUUAUUGCCAGUCUCAUAUUUUUGUUUUUUCGUUGGGAAUGCGUCUGGACGUCAAAAGAUUUUAAAACCCGAAAUUCAAUUUUCAGUGUUUUAAACUCGGUACUGCCCUGCUUUGAUUGGAAAUCUGAUCUUGUGAUCUUAGUUUGAAUACGAAA